GUCUCCAACCAAUCACUUUGUCACGGUUUAGAGGCUAUUUCGGCGCCAUGCUUAAAAGUCUAUGAAAAGAUAAGUCUUUGUAAAUAAAGUUGAAAUACUGCAUAUAUAUGUGAUCAACAGAGUUAAAGAAAAACCGAUGUAGGUAGCAAUCAUGGCAGAUCCAAAAGAAGAACCCAGGGCACUGGUCAGUUCUCUAUUGAGGGAACUUAAGGACUUCAAACCUUACAUAGAAGAACAUAUUAGGAAAAUAGAUGGAACAUUUACGCUUCUACUCAUGAAGACAGACAUGGUGAAAAGUCGAAUACAGCUCACUCAUCAACAGUUACUACAUCAACUGAACAGGGUGCAGCAGGAGAUCAUCCAAGACUUGGGGAAGGUAAAGGGAGAGAGAGAAAAGUCCCUUGCGACAUACAAAGUAAUCCUAAAUCAACAUUUGGACCAGAUUAAGAAAGCAAGCAUGCAAGCUGAGCGUCUGCUUGAGUUAGGCCAUGAGGACCAACUCCAGGAAGAUUGCCAAUUGAUAAGUCUCAAGCUGGGAGAGUUGAUGAAGAUGCCUAAAGUACCUGCAUUUGAUGCUUUAACAGUAUUAGACUUCGUUCCAUCCCC